AUGUCUGCGACCGAACCUCAAGAGCCAGAGGCAUCGACUGCCGCGCCCCAGGCUGAAGACGCCUCGACCCAAUCUCCCCAAGAACAAUUGGCAGAUCUGGUCGCCAAAGCCACCGCCGAAUAUGCCCUCAAACACUACCAAGAGGCUGCUGAACUGUACUCACAAGCGUCUGAGUUGCAGGCAGAACUCAACGGUGAAAUGGCGCUGGAAAAUGCAGAUCUGUACUACUCCUAUGGGAAGUGUCUCUUCUAUGUUGCGCAACAGACAAGUAAUGUCCUAGGUGGGACAGCGGCCUCAGCACAAUUGUCGCACAAGAAGGCCACUAAGAAACGGAAAACAAACGGUGUCGCAAGAGCUACAGAAUCUACGGACAGCCCCGCUCCUGCUGAGGGUUCUAACAGCCUGGCGACAGUUCAAGAAGAGCCGGUACCGAAUGUCGGCGAUGUCAUUCCUGAAGGAGAUGUGAAGCCAGACCAGCCGAGCUCGGACAAGCCUUUGUUCCAAAUCACUGGUGAUGAUGAGAACUGGGAUGAAUUGGAUGACGACGAAGCAGAUCAAGAUCCCGAGGCUGAGGAAGAGGAAGACGACGAUUUCGCAACAGCGUACGAACUCUUGGAUCUCGCGCGCGUGCUGUACCUGAGAAAACUGGACCAGACACAGGAAGCGGUUCUGGAGGAAACAGAAAAAGGAAAGUAUGUCGCGUCAAUAGAUCUCACUCCCGAAGUCAAGGCUCUCAAAACACGUGUGGCCGACAUCUACGACCUUCAGGCGGAAGUGUCACUGGAGGGAGAAAAGUAUUCGGCUGCGGUGGCAGAUCUUAAGGCAUGUCUUGCCCUGCGCGAGGAAUUGGAGCCCCCAGAGUCAAGUAUUCUAGCCGAAUGUCAUUACAAGCUGAGCUUGGCCCUGGAGUUCGCCUCACAGACGCAGCAACGUGACGCGGAAGGCAACCCUACUGGCGAAGUUCAAGUCGACUGGGAUGUCCGGAAUGAAGCAAUCGCACAACAGGAGAAAGCGAUCGACUGCUGCGAGGUGCGUAUCCACAAAGAGUCGGCCGCCAUGGACACGAUGGAAGCAGGACCACAGAAAGAUAAGGCCAUGGCGCGCAUCGAAGAUGUCCAGGAUAUGGUCGGGGAAAUGGAGGUUCGGCUCGCAGAGCUUCGCAAACCUCCUGUCAGUGUGAAGGCCGAGACAGAGAGUGAGAUGAAGGAGCAGAUCUCGGGGGUCCUCGGUAAUAUAUUCGCCAGUGGUGCUUCUGAGGAGGAAAAGAAGGCGAAGCUGGCACAGGUCUCGGAGACUGCCAAUGAUUUGACCGGGCUGGUGAAGAGAAAAAAGCCCAAGAGUGCGCCACCGAACGCAGGUGACAGCUGGUUGGAAUCUGCCGCCUCUACUCCUGCAGCCGUGACAACCGCCGAUGCAUCAGGUUCGGGUCCGACGACGGGGAACGGCAAGCGCAAGGUGGGAUUUGUGGAUGAGGCCGAAGACAUCGAGACCGGCAAGAAAGCGAAAAUCGAGGAGGCUGAAAGCUCCAGUGCUUAA